AUUUAUUUGGGCAGCUCUGUGCCAGAGUAAAACUGAUGUGAAAGACGUCAACGUCUUCUCACGAGAUCUAAGUGGUUGCUGUGGUCAGACUUUACAUCUGGACACUAUACUAUAAAGUUUGGCUUGAGGCUCAUUCUACAGCGGCAAAAAUAUUUUUUAUUAUUGUUUGUUUUGAAAUAUUGUUGAUAUGCUGCUGAGUGCAGAUAUGAAUUUAAAACGGUUUCACCUUUUGUCCAAAAACGCUGAUCUUUCUGGUUUUUACACGUCUGUCCCUGCAGGUCCAGAUGUUCACGCACAAGAACGAAUCGUGGGAGGCUAUGCACCAGUUCCACAUUCCAUCAAAUACAUUGUGUCCAUACAGACCAGAGACCGCCAGCACAAAUGUGGGGGCGCUCUAAUAAACAAGUACUGGGUCAUCACAGCAGCACACUGUAACAUCGGGGUGAAUCGCAUGUUGAUAGUAGCAGGAGACUACUCUCUUUCGAUCUAUGAGGGCAAGGAGCAAGAAAUCCUCCCCCAUUAUCUGGUUCCCCACCCAGGGUUCGACAAGGACACCAACAACAAUGACCUCAUGCUUAUCAAACUGAGGUCACCGAUCUACAUGAACAGCUACGUUUCCAUCGCCCUGCUACCCAGACAAGAUGCUUCCAUUGAUGAGGGACAGAUGUGCCGAGUGUCAGGCUGGGGAUUAACCAGCGCCUACGACUCCCAGAUUCCCUCAACGCUCCUCACGGUCAAAGUCCCUAUCGUAUCGACACAGUUGUGUAACAGCAGCGAUUCAUAUAACGGGAAUAUAACACACUCUAUGAUCUGUGCCGGCUUCCGCGACGGAGGAAAGGAUUCUUGUAAGGGAGACUCUGGGGGUCCACUUGUGUGCGAAGGCCGCAUCUAUGGCUUAGUGUCUUGGGGAAAAGGCUGCGCUGCACCUAGCUUUCCAGGGGUUUACACGGCGGUGUCCAAGUUCCGCAGGUGGAUAGACAACACCGUAUUCAGCUACUUCAGCAGGUGUGAUCACAAAUGACACCCGCGUCACCGUGACGUGAAGACAGAACACAGACCUUGAAUAUAUAUGUACUGUAUCUUUUCUCUAUCACUUGUGCACAUUCGAUUAUACAGUGCGUAUACUGUAUGUGCUGAAGGAAUUGUUAACACAUUUUGGGAAACGCUCCCACUGUCUGAGUGAACGCCAACAGACAUGCAGUGUGGGACCAGAUUUAUUUACUGUACGGACUCCUCCUCCUCAUUUUGUGCAUGCUGCCUGUGGCAGAAGUUGAGACGUCUCAACCACAGCACAUACCUGUUCAUAUUACUGACCUGGAUAGUAUCCGGAUAGUAUCCGGAUAGAUAUAUACGUUUCAUGGAAAUAAACCCGCAUAGUGUAUAAGCUUGACCCCAUCGCCCAAUCCAAUGGAUGUUUUAACAUGUAAAACAAUAUUAUAUACCUGUUCCAUAUAAAC